AAUACUUUUAUUCAGCACGAAUGCAUUAAAUGGAUCAAAAUGGUCAGUAAUCGACAUUUGCAUUGAUUCUAAAAUUUAUAUAUUUUUAAAAAUACUGAUUCUUUGGAACUUUCUGUUCAUCAUAGAAUUUAAAAAAAAAAUGUAAAUAUAAUAAAUUUGCCGAAAUAAUAAACCGACCAGGCCUGCUGAUUGAGCCCAGGUUAACCUAAUGCCUUAAUGAUGGACGUGUUUUCUCUUCAUGUCUUUACAGAACCACCAGAUCCUCACUGGCUGGCCUUCCUCAUUUCAGUGACUGUGUGCUUCUGCACCCUCAUCUGUGUCACUGUCAUCUGUUAUUACAGGUAUAAGUGGCAGACAGAGAGGCAACGCUACCACAGAGACCUGGAGCAGAACGAGGCCUUUAUCCCAGCUGGAGAAUCUCUGAAAGAUCUCAUCAACCUUUCUCAAACCUCAGGCAGUGGUUCCGGGCUCCCCCUGCUGGUGAGAAAUCAAGAAAUGCAGACUGUAGGUUCUUUGUAGGCUCAUUUUUUUAUUCACCGUGUUCCUGCUAAUUUUUACAGGUGCAGCGCACCAUUGCGAAGCAGAUCCAGACAGUGCGUCUUAUUGGAAAAGGCAGGUAUGGCGAGGUGUGGCUUGGCCGG